GAAAUUUUCAAAUGUUUUCGCAGUAUAAAAGCGUGCAUUGCCAGCAAAGAAGACAUAUCCACAAUUCAGUUCACUAAGCUUACAAAGCAAACGACUGCCGAAAAAUAACCCUGUCCACAUUUAAAAUGGCCAAAUUCCUGAUUGUCCUGUGCUCAUUCAUUGCUUGCGCUGUCGCCAAGCCAGGUCUCAUCGCGCCACUUGCUGCUCCAUUGGCCGCAGUCCCGCUUGCCACCGCCGCCAUAAAUGCCCCAUUGGAUGCUGCUUAUGCCAGCAGUCGUCUUGAUAUUCAGCAGAGAUAUGGUGCCGCUCUAUUUGCUGCAGCACCCGCUAAACUUGUCGCCUCCACACCAGUUGCCGCUCCAUUGGCUGCGGCUCCCGCUAAAAUUGUGGCCUCGGCUCCAUUAGCUGCUCCAGUAGCCGCCCCUCUUGCCUACACCAACCUCCCUCUGGAUGCCGCUUCCGCCAGCAGCCGUUUGGACAUUCACCAGAACUACGGAGCCGCUGUAGUACCCGCCACCUUUGCCGCUGCACCAGCUAAACUUGUCGCUUCCGCCCCGGUUGCCGCUCCAUUGGCUGCUGCUCCCGCUAAAAUUGUGGCCUCAGCUCCAUUAGCUGCUCCUUUGGCUGCUCCAGUAGCCGCCCCUCUUGCCUACACCAACCUCCCUCUGGAUGCCGCUUCCGCCAGCAGCCGUUUGGACAUUCACCAGAACUACGGAGCCGCUGUAGUACCCGCCACCUUUGCCGCUGCACCAGCUAAACUUGUCGCCUCUGCUCCAGUUGCCGCUCCAUUGGCCGCGGCUCCCGCUAAAAUUGUGGCAUCGGCUCCAUUAGCUGCUCCUUUGGCUGCUCCAGUAGCCGCCCCUCUUGCCUACACCAAUCUUCCUCUGGAUGCCGCCUAUGCCAGCAGUCGUCUUGACAUCCAACAGAACUACGGAUCCGCAGUAGUCCCAGCCACUUUUGCCGCUGCGCCUGCUAAACUUGUUGCUCCAGUCGCUCCAGUAGCACCAUCUCUAUGGUAAUUUAGUGAUACUUUCUCUCGAAAACCUUUUAUGAAUGACUGCUAAAUAUAUAAAUCUAAGCAAAUAGAAUAUUUAAAACGAAUUUUGUGU